AUGCACGUGAGUGGGCAGCUAUUGAUGCAAAUGGAAGGGCAGAAUGGGCAGCUGGGGCAUGUCAAUGAUAUGAGGUCAACUAUAGGACCUGGUGAUCCUAGUUACAAACUUCAAAAAGAAGACAAAGGAUUGAUGGUGUUUGCAUGUGAUGCUUUUGAUCUUCCCAUUCGGAAGGAAAUUAUCCACCGUGUUGUAAGAUGGCAGCUUGCAAAAAGACAACAGAAUGAAGAUGUUAUAGACUAUGCACUGAAGAAGAGGGAUGUGAAACUUGUGCCAUGUGGACUAGAUUUUGGACGCCCAAGGUUUGUUCGAUUUAGAGAACGUAGAUUUCAUCGAUCUUUGGAAAAGACAAGACGUUUCUACCCUCAUGUCCAUAACAUGGAUGGUUUUUUUGUUGCAAAGUCGAAGAAAAUGAGUAAUUCAAAGGAGUUUCUGCAGCUUUUGAAUACUAGGAUAUUUGUGUCUAGGAUUGAACUGCACAUGCACUCUUCUGGUAGAAUUUACUAG